UCUCUCUCUCUCUUCCUGAGCUGCAGUAUCUCAGUGACACAACAAUAACUCAGAUCUUCUCAGAUAUCUCCAGACCCAGCAGUUGUUGGAACCUUAAAAUGCAGACGAAGGAGCUCCCCCCGCCGUACCCUGGUGGUCCCCUUCAGAUGCCGGGGUACGCUCCACAGACAGUGGUCCAGCCUGACAUGACAGUCAUUCAGAACGCCCCUACUGCUGUGAUGGUCGGACCAGCGCAGCCCGUCAUGUACCAGCAUGCGGUCCAGCCAUCCGUAACCGUCAUCCAGCCCGCGGUUCAGCCGGGAGUCACAGUCGUAACUCCUGUGGUGGUUCAGCCUAGUUUGGGAGAUUUACCUGGACAGGUGAGGUGUGGUUUCUGCCAGCAUAAUGUCAUCACAGUGACCCGCUACUUUAACGGCGCUCUCACCUGGUGCGUCUUUGGAGGCCUUUGUAUCUUUGGGAUCUGGCCGUUCUGUCUGAUCCCGUUCUGUUGUGACGCCUGUAAGGACGUGGAGCACACCUGUCCAAACUGCCGUAACAUCAUCUCCGUAUACAAACGCAUGUGAUCCAGCCCUGCCCUGUCAUUACUGUACACACACACACACACACACACACACACACACUGUAUAUACAGUACAUACACUGUACUCUGCACUCUGAAGAUAAUAAUAUAUUAAUAAAAGUAAAAUCAGUUCAUUUAAAAUCUAUAGCUGCCUGAAGUAAUGCUACAUAUGUGCAAUAUAUAAUUAUAUAUAUAUAUAUAUAUAUAUAUAUAUAUAUAUAUAUAUAUAUAUAUAUAUAUAUAUAUAUAUAUAUAUAUAUAUAUAUAUAUCCAGCCUGGAGUUUUUAAUAUUGUGUCAAAACUUAAAGAUGAAUGCACCAAUAAAAUAUUAUAGAAAUGCUCUGGAAAAAAAGAAGAGAGUAAUUCAGUUUCUGAAUCAGUUUCUCUGAUUUUGCUAUUUAUAGGUUUAUGUUUGAGUAAAAUGAACAUUGUUGUUUUAUUCUAUAAACUACAGACAACAUUUCUCCCAAAUUCCAAAUAAAUAUUUUAGUCAUUUAGAGCAUUUAUUUGCUAAAUAUUUUUAGCUUUCACAUCAUUUUACCUUGACUUCUACCUUAUUACCUGUAAACUCUUGUUGUUUUGUAUAACAUCAAUAUACAUAUUACAUAUGUGUAUUAUAUUAUAUAUUUUAAUUUUCAUCCAUAUUAGAGCCUUAUAAUAGAGUACAUAAACAUUUAAAUAUGAUACCUUUUAUUAUAUCAUCGCUGGGACCAAUAUAUUUGCUACAAAAUCACUUUUUGUAAGAUUUGUAUGUACAUACAACUUGUUAUUAAUUAUUAAUUAAUAAGUUAAGUCAUUAAGUCAUUCUUAAUAUACUUACUCAUUAAAUCUCCUAAUAUGUAUUUAAUCUCUUUUUAAAUGUUUAAAGAGCUUAUAUAUACAGUAAAUAUUGCAUUUUCUAUUGUAUUUUAUUUUUCUUAAUGUGACGUGUCUGAUGUCUGUGUUUGCUCAUGAACCAAAAAUCGAAAUAUAUAUUUUUAAAAAUA